CGCGCCUGCGCUGGCCCUCGCCUCGGAGCAGCCAUGAUGCAGGAAGGCCUGGACGACGGCCCCGACUUCCUCUCUGAGGAAGACCGCGGACUUAAAGCAAUAAAUGUAGAUCUUCAAAGUGAUGCUGCCCUGCAGGUGGACAUUUCUGAUGCUCUUAGUGAGAGAGAUAAAGUAAAAUUCACUGUGCAUACAAAGAGCUCGUUGCCAAAUUUUAAGCAGAAUGAAUUUUCUGUUGUUCGACAACAUGAGGAAUUUAUUUGGCUUCAUGAUUCCUUCGUUGAAAAUGAAGACUACGCAGGUUACAUAAUUCCACCAGCGCCACCAAGACCUGAUUUUGAUGCUUCACGGGAAAAACUACAAAAACUUGGAGAAGGAGAAGGUUCAAUGACAAAGGAAGAAUUCACAAAGAUGAAACAGGAACUGGAAGCUGAAUAUUUGGCAAUAUUUAAGAAGACAGUUGCAAUGCAUGAAGUGUUCCUAUGUCGGGUGGCAGCACAUCCUAUUUUGAGAAAAGAUUUAAAUUUCCAUGUCUUCUUGGAAUAUAAUCAAGAUUUGAGUGUUCGAGGAAAAAAUAAAAAAGAGAAACUUGAAGAUUUCUUUAAAAACAUGGUUAAGUCGGCAGAUGGAGUGAUUGUUUCUGGAGUAAAGGAUGUAGAUGAUUUCUUUGAGCAUGAACGAACAUUCCUUUUAGAAUAUCAUAAUCGGGUUAAGGAUGCAUCUGCUAAAUCUGAUAAGAUGACAAGAUCCCACAAAAGUGCUGCAGAUGAUUACAAUAGAAUUGGUUCUUCAUUGUAUGCUUUAGGAACUCAGGAUUCUACAGAUAUAUGCAAAUUUUUCCUCAAAGUUUCAGAACUGUUUGAUAAAACAAGAAAAAUAGAAGCACGAGUAUCUGCUGAUGAGGAUCUCAAACUUUCUGACCUUUUAAAAUAUUACUUGAGAGAAUCUCAAGCAGCUAAGGAUCUCCUCUAUCGAAGAUCACGGUCACUAGUGGAUUAUGAAAAUGCUAAUAAAGCACUGGAUAAAGCAAGGGCGAAAAAUAAAGAUGUUCUUCAAGCUGAAACUUCCCAACAAUUAUGUUGUCAGAAAUUUGAAAAAAUAUCUGAAUCUGCAAAACAAGAACUUAUAGAUUUUAAGACAAGAAGAGUCGCUGCAUUCAGGAAAAAUUUAGUGGAACUGGCAGAAUUGGAACUGAAGCAUGCAAAGGGUAACCUACAGUUGCUGCAGAACUGCCUGGCAGUGUUAAAUGGAGAUACAUAAGGCUUAUUCCACCUUCCUGCUAAAAAGGGCUGCCUUCCUUCCAAUUUUACUUUUUGUUUUCUUAAUGAUGUUAGCCAUUUAUGCUCACUGGAAACAACAACAAAAAAGCAGCUGAAAGUGCAUCUACUCUUCUUUUUCUGAAAAAGUCCAUAAGGGAGCAACACCACCGUGCACAGGUGAUGCCAGUCUGUGGUGUGUCCCUGCACUGUCUUCCCAGGGACAGUCAUCCAUCUUUGUGCGCUUGUCCUACUCAGAAGCCCAAAGUUCAGUCUUUUUAAAGUACUUUCUAUAACUGUGUUUAUUUUAUAAAUAGUAUUCCUUAUGGCUGCCAAUCUUAUUUACCUUUAAGUGAUUUCUGAAGUUUAACCCUUCCAAAAUACAUUGUCCAAACAAGACAGAGAUUGCCUUUCUUGAGUUUUUUUUAAAUUUUGUUUUAAAACACAUUGUAUACCACCUUGGUUCGUUCAUGUAUCCUGGCAAAGCAUCGUGAUCAUACUUAUUUUUAAUUAACAUUUCUUAGAAGUUUUGAGACAAACUUUAUGUAUCUUUAUAAGUAUGAUUUCUGAAGAAAAGCAAAUGCAUUAGUAUGUUUGCCUUAAACUUGUAGACUAAACCAAUUAUUGUAAAAUAACCAGCGAUAACAGUGAUAUUUUUAACUCUGUGGUCAUGGUAUCACUCUGAAAUCUGGAGUAGCUGUAAUAAAUCUACUCCUACGUUAUGCUUUACAGUGCAGGUUUUAGUUUUUCUUUUUUCUUACCUCUUUUAAAAUGGCAUAUUGAACCAAGUUCACCAUUCCCUCCACAAAAGAAGGAACUGCUCCUCUGUGUGUACUCCACAGAAGUAGGAACUGGGCAGGGCAGGUGAGAGAUGGCUGUUUCUGAAACAAGGAGCAGACAACAGUCUAUUUAGGUUUCCUGGAUUCCGUCCCUGGCCCGGUCAGUUAGAUAUGAGACACAGGCCGCCAGUCCACUCGGUAGUUACCAUGCCAGUGUGUAAAAUGGUACGUAGAGGGAAAGAGGUCUGCUAAAAGGAAUACACUUACCCGUAAGGGAAAAAGUAGAAUAUUUUGGAUAAAAUUUGGUAUAUGAUAGGAUACCAUUUGCCAGUAGUUAUAUUAAAAAUGUUAUUGGCCUUUCUAAUGUGAAUGAACAUUAUUGUCAUUCCUAGUUUUAAGUUAGAUUGAGUGCUUGGGUUUUUUUCACUCUUUGUCUAACUUUUCUCCCGUUUGGAAACCACAGGCAUGUGGGCUGGUCACCCCUUGGAUGGGUUCCUAAUUCGUUUACAUUGUCCCAAGCCGUUCUGAAGAAGGCCUGGUCUCGGUCUCAUCGCCAGUCGUGGUGAUCCCAGCCUUUCUCAGCAGCAUGUGCUCUCCAUGUCCUCUCGUGUGCUGGUCUAACUGACAUGUUCCCCAGUGCUGUUUGAACUGUUGGUUUUUCUCUUGGCUGAGAGAUCUGUGUGUUUUGUCCUUCAUGUAAUCUUCACUGGUAAAAAUACGCUCCUGCGAAGUCCAGCAGUGGGUGACCCAGGACUGAGGCCUGACUUCAGGAUUCAGACCCAGCCCCUUCGCCUUCUGCCCUGUGGCCUCAAGCCAGAGUUGAGCAGGUUCACUUGACUUCUGCCUCAGUUCGCUACUACAAAGGACAUGUUGACCUACCUCACAGGGAUGUUGUGAGGAUUAAUAAAUGUUGGUAACCAUGCUUUGGAAAA